UUCCUCUAAAGUACAUUAUAAUGCAACAAACCUCCCUUUUAACCACAACCGAAUUUGCUUUCAUUUAAGGCCAUAUAUAUCCCUUAAACAGGUUAAAGUCCUCGAGGUUUGUGGAAUAGCAUUCCGCCCUGGAGCGGUGCGCAAUGCUGUCGCAUGCCGACCUCCUGGACGCUCGGCUCGGUGAGUUAUCGGCACCCAACUCCGGUCUUCAACUCUACUGGAUGAAGGAUGCCGCGGCGGAGCUGCUCGGACACAGGGACGCGUUGAAGUGCCGCCUCGGGGGAGGAGGGCCCGGGGACCCGGGGCACACAGCCGAGCUCGGGCCGGGCUCCGACGGCCAUGUGGAAGGAGCGACCAUGCUGCCGGGAGAGGACAUCAACAACGGCGGCUCAACCGGUGGGUCCGCGGUGCAGGUGAACUCUAAAGGGGAGCAGGAGAAACAACAGCAGAACAACUCGAGCAGCGGAGGAGGAGGGCAGCAGAGCCAGAAACAGAAGCGCCACCGGACCCGCUUCACGCCGGCCCAGCUCAACGAAUUAGAAAGGAGCUUCGCCAAGACGCACUAUCCGGACAUCUUUAUGAGAGAGGAACUGGCGCUGCGGAUCGGCCUCACGGAGUCCCGCGUGCAGGUCUGGUUCCAGAACCGCCGCGCCAAGUGGAAGAAGCGCAAGAAGACCACCAACGUGUUCCGCAGCCCGGGGACCCUGCUGCCGACCCACCACGGCCUGCAGCAGUUCCCAUCCGCCGCAGCGGCCGCGGCAGCGAUGGGCGACAGUCUUUGCUCUUUCCACGCGAACGACACCCGCUGGGCCACGGCGGGGAUGCCCGGCGUGUCCCAGCUGCAGCUGCCGCCUUCGCUGGGCCGUCAGCAGGCCAUGGCGCAAUCGCUGUCGCAGUGUAGUCUGGGCGCCGGGCCGCCGCACAACUCCAUGGGCCUCUCCAAUAUGUCCUCUAACGGCUCCGGGCUUCAGUCCCACCUAUACCAACCCUCCUUUCCCGGCAUGGUACCCGGGUCUCUUUCCGGACCGAACAACGUGAACGGCUCGCCUCAGCUCUGUAAUUCCCCGGACAGUGACAUGUGGAGAGGGACCAGCAUCGCGUCGCUGCGACGCAAGGCCCUGGAGCAUACAGUGUCCAUGAGCUUCACCUAACACCUCCUCAGUACUUCCUCAGACCUCCUCAGACCUCCUCACACCUCCUCAGACCACCUCACACCUCCUCAUACGGUACCUCCUCACGCCUCCUAUCUCGACGACCACGACCAAGACUACACGGGGGUAACGGUCUGCUUUUUCCCCGCCUCCACUCUACAGCAAUUCUUCGGCUCUUGUUUUAAAAUCAAUGAUUCAACCUUCAGACGGCACACUGGAAGUCUAUGUGGGAUACUUGGUUCUCGUCACUAAACGCAGAGAUACAGACCUGGAAAGUAUUUUGUACGGCCAUCACCGACGAGAUGAGAUGCUGUCGAUAUUAAGGACUCUCAACAUUGUCCAACAUGAAGGGGGGAAAGGGGGGGGGGGGUAUUUAUUGUUUCGCAUGUAGUAUUACACCUUAUUUAUUUAACGAGGCCAUAUUUAUAUGUAUUUAAUCUAUUUUAAUCUAUUUAUUUAUUAAUCUAGGCCUGUUUAUUUUGCAAUAGGGUCACAUUUUGUUCGCAGGGCUUCAGAAUGCUUGUUUUUGGUGAGCGACCAUUUCUGAAGAAGGGAUAUUUUGAAAAAUCUUUUUGAUAAGAAUACGAGGCCAGCUCACCCUCAGCAUAGCAUGCAGCCACAAGGCCACGGCAUGCGCGUGCAAGUGCGGAGUUCAAGGGAGUCGAAUGUUUUUUUUUGUGUGGAGAAAAAAGAUAAAGAAAUAAUGAAAAUGCCAAUUAGCGUGAGCGAAUAAAAACGUGAGAAUGAUUAGACAUUAAUCAUCAAUUAUCCAAACGGAACUCACUGCAUGUGCUGGCCAGGGGAACAUAACGGGUUAUAAAUGAUGGCAUUAUAAAUUCUGACAUUAAAUUGACCUUAAAUCCGUUUCUAAAGGAUGUUUGAGUAGCGGACUCUUGUUCCCAUUUGGUCAGUUUGUAAUAACCUAUGUUCUAAUUUAUCGUCUGUGCUUAAUGAAUAUACGUUUCUUAAAUGUUUAAAUGAAUCAUUUUGUUCAAUGGACAUGUUUAUAUGAAUUACUGUAAAUUAAAUAAAAAUCAUUUUCAUACGUCACAA